AUGCAGGUGGGACGCGAAGAUGGUAAAAUGCUUCCGGCUCCGUGGGGGAUCCCCCUUCUUAGCUCCACGGGAUCUCAUCAACACGGGUUUCCAGAGCACCAGCAAACGCAGCAUCUACCACCACCGCCACCACCGCCGCCGCAGCCCUUUUCUCUCUACUUCUACGACUGGUUAACGCAGAUACAAGCCCGAACAGGUGAUGCGAGCACGAUCCUCCCUUUAGCCAACCCGUACUUGACCAUUCCGGACCUAGGCAAAGGAAUGGGGCGGCGAAUGUCUGACAAAAUGCCGUCAGGAGGCAGUGGAUCGAAACCCAUUGGACACCUGGUGGCACCGCCGCCGCCGUCGACGUCAUCAACUUUCUCUCACCCACUGGCGCCGUCAUUUUCCCCGGGUGGCGCCGUUGGGUCCACGGCAGCACAGGCGCCGUUCCUCAGCUCCGCACUCUCUCUUCCGGCCUCGAUCCCGUUCUCACUGACCCUUCCGGCUCAGAACACAUGUGCUAGCUGUAGCCUCACGUUCCGAAUGACCUCUGACCUCGUGUACCACAUGCGCACGCACCACAAACGCCCGCAAGAACCAGACAAGUUCCGGCGUGGGGAGAAGCUCAAGUGUCCGAUCUGCAAAGAGCGGUUCCGGGAACGCCACCACCUCACGCGCCACAUGACAGCGCACGAGGACAAGAAUGAAGAGGCGCCCGUGUGA